AUGGAUGUUAUGAGCAUCCCCUUGGAACGGGCGGUGGGCCGCGCCACCAAGCUUCCUGCCAUUAUACUGACUAGUGUUGUGGCUACGUUUCUGACAUUUCUGGCUGCUCCACUGCCCCCUGCCUACGCCGCUGGGUAUUCGCCCAUGUACGGGUCUGCUGCCGCAUGGAGCGAGACCUCGUGGCGAACGAGAACGCGCAACGCGAGCCGCUGCUUCCGGCGGUCGCGGCGCUGGACCACGCUGGGCAGCCCCCGCUGCGCCGGCCUUGGUGCGGCCCCAGCGAGGCGCUGGCGACUCUACCUGCUUCUCACAGUACAGAGCCCGCAGAAGUCGGCGCUGUCCAUGGCAACUUGGCUGCGGCGAAGGCGAGCCCGCCGGCCCAGCGGGCGUCCGGUGCUGCAGCAAUUUUCACUCCAACUGUACCGCGCCCUGUCCCGCGAGCGCCUCAACGUCUUCAUCUCACCGUUCGGCACAGCCGUGGCAUUGGUCACCGCUCUGGCCGGAUCUCGAGGAGACACGGCCGAGCAGAUCCUGGCCGCGCUGGGCGCUUCGCACGAGGAAGAGGUCCUGCAAGAGCUCAGCACCGUGGGACGCAUCCUGGAGCCGCUGUCGACGCUGCACGUGGGCUUGGCCAACAAGAUGUACCUGUCCACCUCCCUGGAGCUCGCGGACUCCUUCAAGGAAGCCAUACAUCAAGAGUUCGGAGGACAGGUGGGCAUCGUGAACUUCCAGGGCGACCCGGCGCUGGCCGUGAAGGAGAUCAACGCGUGGCUCUUCCGGGUGACGGGCCACAAGAUGAGCAGCGUGGUGAGCGUCGGCGACGUCAGCCUCUCCACCCGCGUGCUGAUGGUGAGCACGGCGUUCCUGCGCUGCCUCUGGCUCGACAAGUUCUCCGAGCUGUACACGGCGCCCAUGCCGUUCUUCGCCGACGAAGGCAAGAUCAGCGUGCCGACCAUGUGCUCGCGCCGCGUCUGCAACUACUGCCACGUCGAGCGGCUGGCGUGCCGCGUGCUCGAGCUGCCCUGCAUGAUGGAGCACCUGCAGCUGCUCAUCCUGCUGCCGGACCUGCAGUCGGACCUGGCCUACAUCGAGGCCAACAUCACGCCGCGCGACGUGCACGACUUCGAGCGCCGGUACACGCGCAACCCGCUCGACAUCACGCUGCCCAAGUUCAUGCUCGACGAGCAGGUCAACAUGGCGCGCUACCUGACGGCGGUUGGCGUACGCGACCUGUUCAACAAGGAGGAGGCCGACCUCACCGGCAUAUCAGACGAGAAGGAGCUGUGCGUGCACGAGUUCCUCAGCCGGUCGCGGUUCGAGGUGACCGACGAGGACCCCGUGCGGCUGGACCUUGGCGGCUCGAACACGCUGAAGCUAGCCGAGCGCACCGACCUGGCCAGCUUCGAGGUGAACCGGCCCUUCAUGUUCCUCGUGGUCGAGCGGCAGCGCAAGGCCAUCCUGUACAUCGGCUGCCUGCGAAAUCCCAACGUUACGUGAGCGCCUAUAUAGUGACGCACGGUCCUGUGGACGCUAGCUGGACUCGGACGGGGAUCUUCCGGCGGAGGCGAAGGACCGCGAGCACGCGCUCGUCGAUACAGCAUCGCGUCAUCAUGAGUCACUCACACGUCAGCGGUCUCGUCUCACGAUGCAACGACGUCACUGGCUCUGCGUUUGUGAUGUCCUCCUCCAUCAACGAUGUACGUCUGCAGUCCCCGGCCGUGUCGUCUGCUUCAUGGGAGUGCCGUUAGCUGGACUAGGUGCAGACGAAGACCAUUAGAUAAACGUGCAGUACUGAUCGUUGAUAAAAAGGAAAUCUUUGCCGGCCGCGUAGACAGUGGUACCACGAAGCCGUGUACCUGUCGGUUCCUGUGGCGAUCUCUGUGGUGCGGUUUCUGCGUCACCGGCGGUGCUGUUACACACUGGCGAUUGGGGGCGCAGGCUGCAGAUGACAUAGAGCGCAGGACAGCGGGCGACAGCGGUGAUUUGUGCUGCUAAUUGGCCUGCACCAGAAAACUGGCGGUUAUGAACCGAACGAUAUUUGCACGCGACGACGGCGCUCAAGUGGCGAGCUUCACAAAUUGGCUACGUGAGUGACAGACAUGGUUCACCCGGCAUUUCGAUUUUACGUUCGUUAAUAUAUGUACCCGACUAACAGCGACGAACGCUGUUGGCGAAUCUACUCGCAGUUGAGCUGUCGUUGCAAAUCACUUGCGUUCGCAACGCGCUUCACCAGUUUGCGCGUUACGUUGUGAUGCGCGACAGUAUAUUUGUACGUUUCUUUUUCCUCUUGCCGUAUAUAUGUAAGUGGCUGUUGCCGUUGUUCUUGACGUUUUCACUGUCGACCUCUCAUUACCCGGGAUUACCUUCACGUGAUAAAAUAUAUUGUUGAAUGGCCCUCAAA